UACCGUGUGUUCUCAAGAGUAAAUCAAUCAAAAAAUUAAUUUAAUCUUUCUAACUAUUUAAAUUAAUUUUGUAUAAAGUGAGUUUCAAAGUUUAAACUUUUCUUUGUUGGAAAGAUAAUUUCAGAAAUCUUUUCUUAAAGAAAAAACAUCAAAGAGCAAUAUGUUACGAAUGUUAAUAAUUUUAUUAUUUAUUUGCUCGUUGGGCUUAACAAGUGCCCGUCCUGCUGAAGAACCAACAAGAUUCGCUCUCGGCAACGUACAAAAUAAUGCAGAAAACAUCACGCUUUCAAAACUGGAAGAAACAAAGCAAAUAAACAACGAAUUUCGAAAUAGUCUCGAUACGUUAAUUAUUAAAUCUGACAAACCUCAAAGUCGCAGAUCUAUACCACCUUUACCAAGUACAACGCCAAUAAUUUUGUUUCCUCCGAUACCGCGAGAAACGGCUCGUUUAGAAAACGAUACUGCACAAGCUAUUUUAGAAAAACCAUAUCUUGACAACGUCAGACAAGUUUUUAAUAGUUUUGUAACUCCAAAACCACUUGUUGAUCGAAUUAGGGACGACGAAAAAUAUGGCAAUACAGGAGAUAAAUUUGUUGGACUCGGAAGAGCGAUCAUUAAUGGUUAUGAGAACUUUAGCAAUUUUCUGAACUUAUUAACGGCAUUUCCUAGUGGAAUCUUGAAGAACACUUCUGAAGGACUAACGCAAACAUUGGAUGCAAUAGGAGCACGGCUUAUUGGACUCCAAUAAUAAACGAUUAUAAAAGACGCAAUUAAAAUCAAAUGUACAUAAAUUAAAUAAAAAGUU